AUGCAUCCUUACGGACAUAAAUAAUGGUGCUCUAAUGUCGUCCACAUUACCUUCGGUUGAAGUUACCAAAACCUUUCCUGUAAAUUCACAAGUUUAGUUCAUUAAAUUGAAGUUUACUUUAACUAUACCCCACAUUUUCGGAUGUAUUGUGUCGUAAUGCACAUUUUCAAAGAUAAAUGUUCUAAAUCAUUCAAGGACAACCUGACCCACACGACCUGCGUCAUGUGACUGCAUCCGAACGGUAACUAUCCUCGUCACUACCACAAUGUCGAGUAUCCUUCAUCUUCCUUCCAUGAGGUUGCUGGGAUGCCUCCAGCUCCAGCCGCACCUUUUCCGUCAUGUGGUCAAUCGAAGCGUGACCCAGGGUGAAUACAGACGACCCGGCAAGCCCCGAGAAGAUAAGUUUCCAUGGGAGAAGAUCAACUUCAGCUUCUCCAAAGGACUGGAUGGCAUCCGGAAACACAUGACAUUGCUGAAAACUGAGUUCUUUCAGCGCUGGGUGGGGCCCCAAGGGAAGCCCAUCAUGGAACACAUGCUGGAGCAGAACCAGGUGGUGUGGGAGUUCCGGGGGGCCGAGAGCCUGGAGGAGUGGAUUGUGUCAUCGGAUCGUGAGAUUGGAGGCCAAAGUGAGGCUUACUUGAAGCUCGGGAGGAACAACAACACUUGUUUUCUCUAUGGGACACUUAGAUUGGCGCCUCCUAAGGAUGGUGAAACACGCUACAGCGGCUACUGUAGCAUGCGUUCCAGGCAGCUGUUGGCGUCAUUUGAUCGAAAGAAGCACUACGACUGGUCCAGCUUCAACACGCUGCACCUGCGCGUACGCGGCGACGGCCGGCCGUGGAUGAUUAACCUCGCAGCGGAGACUUACUUCUCCCACCAGAAAGAUGACAUUUACAACUAUUUUCUGUACACCCGAGGCGGGCCCUACUGGCAGGAUGUCAAGAUUCCCUUUUCAAAGUUUUUCCUCACACAUCGUGGAAGAAUUCAGGAUGAUCAGCAUCCUCUUUGGCUGGAUAAGAUCAAUACCAUCGGAUUUACCCUGGGGGAUAAAGCGGUUGGUCCCUUUCAGCUGGAGAUCGAUUACAUUGGCGUCUGCAAAGACUAUGCGCACACCGAGGAGUUUGCUUACGAACUCCAUAAAAGGAAUCCAGAAGUUUGACAUCACAUUUAUGUACACCACGGAGACAAAGCACUUAAAGUGCAGAUGCCAACUGCACUAGUGUUUAUGGGAAUGUGUACAAUUGUAAAUGUUUUGGAAUAUUUUUACGUGAGAGGCUUACCUUUAAAUUUCUGUAUUUUUUUUUCUUUUUCAGCUGCACAGUCACAGAUAAUGUACCGUAUUGGCCCGAAUAUAAGACGGUGUUUUUUGCAUCGAAAUAACAGAAAAAGAGGCGGUCGUUUUAUAUUCGCGGUCUAGACAUUAUACCCAUUCAUGACGCUAGAUGGCACCAGAUAUGUCAUGACAGAUCUAAGCUACUCUCCCCAUUCACGACACUAGAUCGCGCCAGAUAUCAUUGAAGCGAUGUUUCGUCAUGACCGAUCUCAGCUACUCUUUUUAGUUUAACCAGUUUGCAUUAUUUUAUUGCAAUGUUUUUCCUUAUUCAGAUUUGUUUCAAGACUACAGUUACAGUUAGACUUCACUUUGAUGGUUAAUGCAGUAAUUGCAAUUUUGCUGUUUUAUCACAAUAGAUUGGUUUAUUUACAUUUCAAAAACCAGAAGCCAUUCAUUUACAAAUGUGAUUGCACUUUAGUUUACAUAUUUAAAUGUUCAGAUAUUAAGAUUUGAAUGGGGCAAAAUAACAUGCUUUUUCUCUCAAAUAUAUUUUUAUAAUCAUUUGUUUCGGACGUACUGUAAUUUUUUUCUGUAUAAAAAUUAAUUUGGUGUUCAAAAAGUCUUUUUUCUUUUUCCAAACUUGAGUCUUGAAAAAGAGGGGUCAGCUUAUAAUCAGGGCCGUCUUAUAUUCGGGCAAAUACGGUAAAUCUGAGUGUUCUUAAAGGCCCCCAUGAUAAAGCUUCGUGAAACAUGAACGCUUUCCAGAAAUUCUUGUUUCACAUAGAGAUAUAAGAAUUUUAGCAACUAUGCUAACGCCGGCAUAUUUAUAUUGUUUUUUUACCGAUGUUUUGAGCAAUGUGCAUUGUCCUAAUCAAAUAAAUGAAUAAGCCUGACGGCCAAGUUUA